CCAACAACCUGCCUCGGCUUUUGGCCGGACCGUUUACAGAACUUUCUUAACGUUUCGCUAAAACCUCCAAAACCCUAACAAUGGCGUUUUUGCAAUCUCAAAACCAACACCAUCAGAACCUCCAAAUUCACCACAUCCCACAAUCCAAAUACAUAGAUGCAUUACGUUGGCUUCCUCCAUUAUCAGCCUUCGACAAAUUCAUCAUUCUCUCCCUUUUCGAUUCAAAUUCAUCUUCAUCCAACAUUGAAAUCCAUUCUCUCGACUAUAACAACUCUCCAAUUCUUUCUCCUCUCUCUACUUCCUCUUCUUCUCUUUCUCGAACAUCCUCUCUCAAAACCUCUCAAUCCCUAAUUGCUUUCUCCACUUUCUCAGGCUCACUUAACGUUAUCUCUCCUUAUUACUCUUCUUCCGGUGAGGUUUCUCUUAAUUCGUCGUUUUCUUUGCAAGAUAAAGGGUUUCACGUUGGACCCAUUUCUUGUAUUGAUGUUUUGGACAGGGAUUGUGUCAGUGUUGGGGAAGAUGGGAGGGUCAAUUUGGUUAGUUUUGAUGCUGGGAAGGCUGAUUUUCGACGGGUUUUUGAUGGGGAUGGGCUUGUUUCGUAUACUGCAGUGAAAUGGGCGUCACCAACAGAGUUUGCUACUGGUGGUUUGGGGUGUAGUCUUCAAUGGUGGGAUCAGAGGAGGAAGCCAGGUGAACCUGCAUUGCUAUUUAAGGGCAAAUGGUCUCAGAAAACUGCUGCUGGAGUUGUGCAUUCGAUUGAUAUCCAUCCUUCGAGGAAGCACACCUGUAUGGCAGGAGGGUCCUCCGGUACUGUAUUUGCUUGGGACCUCAGGUGGCCACAACAGCCAAUUAUUCUCUCUGGAGUCGGGAUUGGUGAGAGACCGUCUCAACCAAUUUCCGAAAGUGAAGUAUGGGAGGUGCAGUUUGACUGUCACUUACAAUCAUCAAAUAUAACCAGUAUGUCCUCGUCGAUGUUACCUGUAAUGAUGUGCUCUGAAGAAGGCAUUCUCACUGUCUUUGAGCCAGGCGCGGAACCUAUUGAACUCUUGGAAGAACCAUGUGCCAUCAACGCCUUUGACAUUGACAAACAGAACUACUCUGAUAUUAUAUGCAGUUUGGAAUGGGAAUCACUUGCUAUACUCUCAAGGUCAUAAUUUAUGGAAGAAGCCUAUAAAGCACCAUGGCCACUAUGCUUGAAAUGUUGUUACACAUACAUGUUUGUGGAUUCAAGUAUCUGCGUGAUUCGUAAUUCAAAUUUUUGUAUUAUACGAGCUAGGCUCGUGUUUACUGCUUCUGUUGUCUGUAUAGUUGAUUACAAGUUCGCUUAGAAUAGGGAAUGUUGAGAAGCAUUGAUUCGUCUAGCUUUCAAGAUUCGUCUAUGUGCCCAUAUGAGUAGCGGAGGAGUGAUCGCCUUAUAAAUAGGCGGUCUAAUACUAUGGAUAAGUAUACUUGGUAGAAAAAAAUCGUCCUCCAACAUUGUCUAGGUUUCCUAUUUUUUCAUCCUUUCCUUGUGUGUUGUGAGAGUUGGGACAUGGUUGGCUACUUGGUUUGCCUAAUAUCCUUCUUUUGAUAUCCUCCCAA